AUGAGAGGAGACAGAGAGAGUUCGGAAAUGAAAUUUGGUAAACAAUUAAGAUACGAAUGUGUAUCGGAAUGGAGAAUUAAAUAUAUAUCAUAUGGUAAAUUAAAAAAGUAUCUUAGAUAUCUAUAUGUUAGACAACAGAAACAAGAUCAACAACAGUUACAGUUACAACAAGACCAUCAUCAACAACAGAAACAACAACAAGAUGGAUCAACAACACCAAAUCAACCAAUUGUUGAUGGUAGUCAAUCUCCAGAGAAUAUAAAGUUUGAUACACUUAGAGUAUCACCACCAAUGCCAUCGACAUUGGCACCAAAUAUAAAGCUUGAUGGUGAUUCAACAACCAUCAACGCAUCGGCAGAUGAUCAUGAAGUAUAUGAUGAAAAGAGUCGAUUACUCGCCCCAGUUGUAUCACCAUCUGUUGGUUCAUCAUCAUCCUAUCCAAUCUAUCAAUCACCCGCCGAAAAGGAACAACUGUUCAUGUCAAAGAUUAAAGAAGAAAUUAAAAAGAUUAAUGAAUUCUUUAGUUUAAAAGAAAAGGAUAUUAUACUUCAUUAUAACAAACUUACUGAACAUUGUGGAAUGAUAUUAAAAGAAAAGAAUCCAAGUCCAAAAGUAUUAAAGAAUAUUCAAAAAGCAUUUGCCGAAUUAUAUAAAGGUUUGACAAUGCUUGAAAACUACGUUACAUUAAAUUAUAUGGGUUUUUCAAAGAUCCUUAAAAAGUUUGACAAGAUGGCUGGAAAGAAUGAUAAAGAAAGAAAUUUGGAAAAUAUUGAAAAGGAAUUAUUCUAUCAAUCAAAAUCUUGGAGAAAUAUGAAAGAAGAUGUUGAAUUAUUAUAUUGUAAAAUAUUUAAAAUUGAUAAAUUGGCAACAGCAAGAAUUAAAUUAAGACCAACAUCAUUAUCACAGACAACCAAUUAUCAUAUGUUGAAGCUUGGAUUUGCCAAUGGAUUUAGUUUGGCAGCAUUGGCAUUUAUCAUUAUUCUAUUUGUUAGUCCACCGCCUGGAAACCCAGAUUGGUCGAAAUUUGUUAGUGUAGUACCCAUUUUUAGAGCUGUUGCCGUUCCUAUUUUGGCCGUUUGGCUUUGGGGUGCCAAUAUCCCCGCCGAAGUCUAUCCCAUCACAUUGGUCACCUUCUUCCUCAUUGUCGUAUUUUUCCCAUUCCGUUUCUUCCAUCGCAAGUCUAGACUUUUGCUAUUUGUCACUCUUGGCAAUGUUAUGAUGACUCCAUUUGGUUCAACUAAAUUCCGUGCUCUCUAUCUUGGUGAUGUCCUAACUUCAAUGGUUAAAACUAUUUUCGAUUGGGAAUAUACUGCUUGUUAUAUUUUUUCUGGUGAUUGGGAAAUUAAUUCUGGAGGUAGAUGUAAUAGAGUAAAUCAAAUUGCUUUACCAAUUAUAUCUGGAUUACCAUUAUUAUGGAGAUUUAUGCAAUGUAUUUUGCGUUAUCGUGAAACUAAACAAAGAAUUCAUCUUGGUAAUUGUUCAAAAUAUGCUGUUGGUUUUUCUGUCGUUUUAUUCUCUGCUCUUAAUGGAAAUUAUCUUAAUUAUCCAGAACCAUGGACACCAUCAAGAAUAUUAUGGUGUAUUUGUUUUAUUUUAGCUACAUUGUAUAUGUAUGUUUGGGAUGUACUAGUUGAUUGGGGAUUCAUGUGGAUGGGUAAACCUAGACCAUUGCUCCGUCAAUCACUCAUGUACAAGCGAUACUUGUGGGCAUACUAUUAUGCCAUCUUUAGCAAUUUAAUAUUUCGUUUUGCUUGGACACUCUCUGUCACGCCACUCGAAUUCAAUAUUGGCAUCAACAGUGAGUUGUUUGUUACCAUCUUGGCGACGGUGGAAUUAUUUAGACGUUUUACAUGGAGUAUCUUUAGAGUCGAGAAUGAACAUAUCAGUAAUUCACUACAAUACCAUGCAUUUGAUUUCAGUGAAGCACCUUGGAAAGAUGAAAUCAAAAAUGGUACCAACAACGCAAACAACAAUAAUGCUCAAAACGCAAGUGGAAGUGGUAGUGGAAAGGGUAGUAUUCUCGGAGGAUCAUUUGGUAAUGCUGGUAUGGCCGAUGGUGAAUUCCCCAAUAGUUCGGCCAAUUGGUACAAUGCUGCAUCACAAUACUAUUCAAAGAACAGUAUGAUUGAUAGUAAAUUUGAUAUUCGUAAUUACCUUCCUUGGAAUAGAAAUAAGAAAUCAAAAGAUAACGAAUAA